GCCCGGAAGGGGGCGUGGCGGGCCUGCCCUGGCAUGGCGGCGGCCGCGGGCGUCGGGGAGGCCGAGCAGGGUCAGCCAGCGCCUCCGCCGCCGCAGCCGCAGCCGCCGGACAUGGCCGAGGCCGGGGACGCGACGGAGGCCCCCGUGGACGACGGCUUUCUGGACCUGGACUCUCCCACCUACGUCCUGUACAGAGACAGAGCAGAAUGGGCUGAUAUAGAUCCCGUGCCGCAGAACGAUGGCCCUAAUCCAGUGGUCCAGAUCAUUUAUAGUGAAAAAUUUAGAGAUGUUUAUGAUUAUUUCCGGGCUGUUCUGCAGCGUGAUGAAAGAAGUGAACGUGCUUUUAAACUAACCAGAGAUGCUAUUGAGUUGAAUGCAGCCAAUUACACAGUGUGGCAUUUUCGAAGAGUUCUUCUAAAGUCACUCCAAAAGGAUCUACAUGAGGAAAUGAAUUACAUUACUGCAAUAAUUGAGGAGCAACCCAAAAACUAUCAAGUUUGGCAUCAUAGGCGUGUGCUAGUGGAGUGGCUAAAAGAUCCAUCCCAGGAGCUUGAAUUUAUUGCUGAUAUUCUAAAUCAGGAUGCAAAGAAUUACCAUGCCUGGCAACAUCGACAGUGGGUUAUUCAGGAAUUUAAACUUUGGGACAAUGAGCUACAAUAUGUAGAGCAACUUCUCAAAGAAGAUGUGAGAAAUAACUCAGUCUGGAACCAAAGAUACUUCGUGAUUUCUAACACCACUGGCUAUAGUGACCGUGCUGUAUUGGAGAGAGAAGUGCAGUACACUCUGGAAAUGAUCAAACUAGUACCACAUAAUGAAAGUGCAUGGAACUAUUUGAAAGGGAUUUUGCAGGAUCUUGGUCUUUCCAAAUAUCCCAAUUUAUUAAAUCAGCUACUUGAUUUACAACCAAGUCACAGUUCCCCCUACUUAAUUGCCUUUCUUGUGGAUAUCUAUGAAGACAUGCUAGAAAACCAAUGUGACAACAAGGAGGACGUUCUUAAUAAAGCCCUAGAGUUAUGUGAAAUUCUAGCAAAAGAAAAGGAUACUAUAAGAAAGGAAUAUUGGAGAUAUAUUGGAAGAUCUCUUCAAAGCAAACACAGCACAGAAAACGAACCUCCAGCAAAUGUUCAGCAAUAACACCAUCCAGAAGAAUUUGAUGGAUGCUUUUAUUUUUUUAAAAGACUCUAAAGCAAGAGUUUAAAACUAGGGUGGUCACUCCCUUUGUGGUAUAAAACAUGAAUCACAAAGGUAAUUGCUUUCUAACAAGAACUAAGUUAUGUUCCUUGGGUGCUGCUGCUGUUCAGACUAGUUCUAAGUAAUUCAGUUUUUCAAAGCAAUGUAGUUCAGGGGAGUGGGACCAUGAGGGAGGGAGAAAAUCAGAAAGUCCAUAAAGAUCACUGUAGUCUUACAAACAUUUAUUCUAAUUUCUUAGCAUCACCUUCUCCCCAGAUGGUCCGUGCAUUAGGGCUUAAGCAGUGAUUGAAGGUAAUGUGUAUGGGUGGAGAUCCUUUGAUUCUGGGUUAAGCAAGCAGGAAAUGACUUUUGAUACAUUAGAGCUGCUUUGCCGCACUCACAGUAUCUUGCUACCACUGUAACCAACUAAUGCCAAAAGAAUGAUUUUGUAAUAAAAUUAUAAGAUGUAU